CGCAUACCCUGCAAUAUUACUGUCGCUCGAUUGUUAGGAGUAGGAUGUUACAAGUAAAAGAGGACACAGCAAACCCGAUGAGAUCCACAGCUUUAUCCUAUCUUCAACUUUGAUAUAUGCCACUUUUACAUUGCUUACCCAGACACUCCAACAUUGGCGGUUGAAGAAAGUUGAUUUUCUGAACCUUCUGCACCAAGCUCAUGACUGCUUGUUCUUCCAUCAGCGCAACACUGAAAGUUAGUGGAGAUGAAUUCUACGUUUGUGAACCAGACAGAUCCCGGGCUUUAUUCGAACACCACUGACACCCUGGAAGGUAUUCUCAAAUGUUGUAACUUCACGUCAGUCGUGACAGAUGAUGGUUUUGUGGUUAAUACAACGCCAGACGAGAGGAGCCUGUACAUCAUGAGAGUUGUCCAGAUUGCGGUCAUGUGUGUUCUCUCACUUACUGUCGUCUUUGGCAUCUUCUUUCUGGGCUGCAACCUACUAAUUAAGUCGGAAGGGAUGAUCAACUUUUUAGUGAAGGACAGAAGAUCUUCUAAGGAAGUGGAAGCAGGCGACGUUGAUCCUUACUAGCAAACUGAUUUGAGGAGAAUUCUGGACGAAAGCAGAUGUCAGUUUUUGAGGCUGUUAAAAAUGCAUUUGCUGCAAAUUUCCCGUGACUUAAUCCGGAAGAUCAUACUGGUGAUUGUAGAAAAGCAACACACUUGGACAAAUAGCCACAUCUUUAUUUUAAAUAUCAGCUGAGAGUCACGUCAUAAAGCAAAUUCUGAAGUGCUGUUCAGAACUUUGAUGUUAGAAAUCAAUUUGAUGCCGGGACAGGCUAUGGCAAUUAUGUUUUCCUGUGGCCAAAGCACAUUAUAAAUAAUGUAGAUUUAAGAAAAAAAAAAGAAAACAACAACAACAACAACAACAACAAAAACCGCAAAGGACACACACUUGAGUAGAAGAUUGCAAGGAAGAACGCAUUUAUUUAUUUAUUUAUUUAUUUAUUUAUCUUUCUAAUUAAAUUAAUCUUAAUCAUAUGUUUUAUUUAUUACAUUAAACGAAGAGCUGCAAUGGAUUGUGUAAUUUGACUACAAAUGUUUGCUUUCUCCUUUUUCAUAAAAUAAGUGAAUGUUUCCAUUGCAUUGUUAUGGUUACCAUUGUAUAAAAUGUUCAAUUUUAAUAUUUCACUAUUUUGUGGUGGCAGAUCGCCAUGUAUUAUGUAUUAUUCUGAGCUUAUGUCACUUUGUUUAUUCUUGCACUAACUAUUGUAUUAAUAUGUAACAAAAAAAAAAAAAAAAAAAAAGUUUAUGUUACUGGUCUAUUUUAAUCAAAUGUCCCUAGACUAUAUUCAGAAAUGUC